CGAGUGCGAGCGAGACACGGCUUAGAGGGAAAAUGUUGAGUUGAAGCAGCAGCGAUAAGACACGGACGGACGAAUUUUUGAUUCCUGAACGAGUGGCAGUGAAAAAUAGAGGAAUCGUUUUGAGGACACGUCCAAAGUGGACAUUUUUUGCAUCAUAUCAUUAGGCGUUUCGUCGGGGUCUGAAAUAAGAUACUCAAAGCACCUGCGGAACUGUGUGGAAGCGACAGAAAAGACUCUGUGGAGGAUCUAUUGGUGGUUUUAAAAGGAAGUUCAGCAAAGUCCGGAGAAGGAGAAGAAAAUGAGCAUAGCUAUUCUACGGAAUUAGGACAUACCAUAGCUAGCACGACUGGAAUAACGCGAAAUAGGUUGAAGUAAUAGGAAGAAAACAAACAUGGCUAGCAGGAAGCGGUCAGUUCGUGUGUUCAGCCUGGUGUUGAUAUUUUUACACCUGGAGGUUCAGGUUCGAUCCCAACCAUCGACGCAGCAGCAGCAUAAUGAACAGCUUAGUUUUGGCGCACAAGAAAUGUUCUCGCCAUCGUCACAAACGCUAAUGGAUGAGAUGUUUCAGAGAGGCGAAGGUGUCGCUAGAGGAGGAAUAGGAGAAGUGGCAGGCGGGAAGAGCAGUCCGGAACUGGUGGGAAACUUGAUUUUCCAACCGAGCUUGCUGGAUUUUGUCGAACGUUCAAUUGGCGACCCGCACAAUCAGGUGGUGAUCCUGAUCAACAAACAUAAAAGCCGGAGCGUAUUUUUGGGCUCAAUAUCGGGCAGUACACCGGAUUUCUACAGUUCGUAUUUCAAGGACAUGGUGAUUCCGCCGGAGGGAAACACAACGUUCAAUGUAGUGUUUCUUCCUCGUCAGUUGGGUGCUACGGCUGGAUCGAUUGAAAUCCAUACUUCAUUUGGACUGUUGCAGUAUCAGGUUAGAGGUGUAGGGAUUGAAUGCCCGUACCGAUUGAGGCCUUUGGUAGGCUUGGUAGCUCCUCUGAACGCCACGAUUACACCAGAAAUUACCUUAUACAACCCGCACGAUACUCCUCUACAAAUCGUGGAAAUUUACAGUAGUGGAGGAAACUUUCAGCUUGAAUUACCCAGUGGAGCCCAGGAGGGCCCGCAAGCACUAUGGGAAAUACCACCCCACAGCACGAGAAGUGUAAUUCGAGUUAGGUUCCAUGGAAAAACUGCUGGGAAUCACACGGCUUACGUCAGGAUAAAAAUCUCAGGCGGAAGCCAAAAUCCGUCACUUGCCGAUAAAAUGCUAGUGGUUCCGAUCGAGAUUGAGAUUUCCAAGGAAACGGGAAUUUACUCGAAGGUACCUUUCCUUGAUCUCGGAGUCGGCGGUAUAAAAGAAAAUAUUACCCGAAUAUCUUUGAAUUUGACAAAUUCUGGAGAUCAUAAAAUAGAUAUUACAAGCUAUGGAGUGCACUCGACAACCAUGGAAAUCAUUAAAGCUGUAAAAGUAUUCAUCGAUACACAGAGGUUUCAUCCAGUAUUCGAAAUUACCGUCAACUGGACCAAACUAGCCACGUACAGUGAAAUCAAAGGCUUCCUGUAUGUAGAUUACACCCUUAAGGAUUCCCCGAAAAAUUUGGUAUAUGCGUGGGUAGAAUUUUACGGACAAGUUUUAAAGGGUAAAUUGGAGUACAAUACAGACGCGUUAAAGUUCCUCACGUUCGCUUCCGAUGAGUCGGAGCGAAACUCUCAACUUCAGGUUGCUCGGCCACUGGUUGUCUGGAACAAGUUCAACGUGCCAUUCAGUAUUUCCAACAUAACUGUACCUGACAACUGCUCGAGGAAUUUCCGCAUCGAAGGUUUCCUACCAAAAACCAUUCUACCCGAUCAGGAGCAAACGCUAUUCCGAAUAUCUCGCAUUUUGGCCGACAACCUAAAUCGAUCCAUCGCUACCUACAUUCGACUGGUGACGAACGUGACUGAGUUUGAUCUUCCCGUGUACAGUUACACUGGAAAGCUGAAGCGCAUUUUACCAUUCUCGACAACAGCUCCACGCCCUCCAGCAGACUAUGAGAAGCUGGAUCUAGACGAACGCGAGCUCAACUUUGGAAUUCUACCGAUCUCAACGAUUGGCGAAACGUUAAUCGCUUUCUACAACACGAACCCAGUGGAGAUUUCGAUUCGCCACUGGAAAGGGGCCAUUACCUCGGAAGGCUCCGGAGCGCCCACCAUCACCGUAAUCCUGCGCGGUUGUGGUCCUCAUUCGGGCGAAAAUCUUAUAUUCUGCAACACGAUUCAACCGAACCAUUGGAUCGUGUUCCAGGUCAGCGUUCAGUCCAGCACGACCGAUAGCUAUCAGGGUCGAUUCAGCAUAACCACAGACUACGAGGAGAUUGUAACGCCGAUAACGUUUACCACAGCCGUCGGCAAGCUGGAGCUCAACAGAGAACUGUUGCACUUUGAUAGCUGCUUUCCGGGAAAGCUCUGCUCGCUGAAUUUAACGGCACACUCAACGUUCCUGUCCAAAAUCCACGUCGAAGGUAUCAAAACCGAUGUGGAUGGUAUCGAGUUCACCGUCGAGAAUCGGCACCCGGUAAUCCAUCCGAACACGAUCACCAACAUCGGUCGGUUGAUAUUCGAUCCGAAAGUGAUCUGCAAACAAGAUUGCUACAGCAGUUUCGAUCUGCUCUCGAAGCCGUUCGGCGUCAAAUGGAUGGCCACGCUAGACAAUUACGAACAGUACCGGAAACUGGACAGUGAGAAAUUAUUGCAGCAGCUGAGGCUCUAUUCGGAGAUGAAACAGUCGUGGAAGAGCAUACGGUUUCAGCUCACGACGGAUCCGAUCCGCAAGUUCGAAUUCAAUGCAAGUGUGGAUUUGGUGUGGCCGAAUUUGUUGACGGAGAACAUACACUUUCCUACGCUGCAGAUAGAGCAGGAAGCGGUAAAGCUGAUUACGAUCAACAAUCCGUCGGAUCAGAUUUUGUUUGUGCACCUAGUACUGCAUGAUGUCGGCGUCCAUGGAAGCGAUGUGAGCGCCCUUCCCCCGGAGAUUUUGUCGGGGUGUGAGAAUUGCAGCCUGAGCGAUGAGAAUGUCUUUUCGUUCUUUCUGUUUGACUACGAUGACAUUUAUGUAAACUAUGUGAAACCAAAAUCUUUCCUGAAGAUCGCAGUCAAAUUUACGGCGAAGGCGCCCGGGACGUACUCAACCAUCUUCUACAUGCGGAACAAUCUGACCUUGAUCGAUGCUGUCUGGAUUCAGGCGAAAGCCGUAGUGCCGCAGUUUAAAUUUGGCAAUCGGAAGCCAGGUGCGACGACGGCGUUACUUUUUGAGAUUACAGAUAAACAUCUGAAGAUGUGCACAAAAUCGCAAGAGCCAGAAGUGGAUGAAAGUGGGCUUUCAAUCCAAACAAUGCGUUCAUUCACAGCAAAAAACUAUGGAGAGGUUCCGAUUGCGGUCUCGGGCAUUCGCGUGGAGGACAUACUUUGCGAGGGAUAUGGAUUCAAAGUGUUGGACUGCUCGCCGUUUGAGUUGCAGCCGAACGCAAGCAAAAAAAUUGAAAUAGCGUUCUCGCCUGACUUCACCCUUGCAAGGGUGACACGAACGUUGAACUUCGAUACUAAUAUAAAUUUUCCUGUAAACUUUACCCUGCUGGGAACUGUUCCAGCGCACGGGUUAGAAUCUUGUAGUUUAAGUUUGAAGAGACCGUGGUUCGAAGGGAUGCUUAGAAUUGGUCUGAUCUGCGUCCUGUCUUUGGUUUUCGCGGGUACCUUGAUGGCUGCAUUUUUGGAUGCUAACAAAGUCAUUAAAGAUCACAUACUCAAUUUGUCCAGAGAUCGAGGACCUAUCCAGCCACCAUUGGAUUUAAGACAAAUUUCGUUGCAAAGUUCGACCUCGCUGGAUGAUAACACAGAAAAAGUUUCUGUAAGUCAAAACAGCCAAGCUAAGAACAGUCAAAAUAACAGCUCUAAAAAGAGACCUCCUGCGAAACAAUUGAACUCAAAGAUAUCCAACGGUAACUCCAAUAAUUUCAACAAGUCUUGGAACGAUUUUACCUCCAAGCUCGGAAAGGGUUUCAAUUCGAAGCCAGCCGAAAUAAGUACGAAUAAACCAUCGCCCGAAUCGGACAAAAGGUUUCAGAAAAGUCGACGCUCUAUUACUCCUCCUAAGGAGGAAACUCAGCUCCUAACGUCAGUCUCAAACAGUGCAAUUAGCACCAACUUUAGCGCCAAAGAACGAAACAGACCGUCAGUGGAAGAAGAUUCCAGCUCGACCACGACCGAAAGCUCGGAAACGUCUUCAACAAUUUCCUCAGCGUCCACAUCGUCAUUAUCGGCUGUGGGUUCCUACAAAUCGUCGACUACAGCAGAUACGAAAUCUUCGAAACCACCAGCAGCAAAUCAUCAUCAGCAGCAUAACGCUCAACCUAAAACUAAUACCAGUGACAUAAAACUUGAAUCAAAUUCAACAAGCUCCAGUCAGAGCCAUACUAUCAUUAAUCAGUCGCAUCAGCAGCCGAAGACAUUGCAUCAUCAUCAUCACCAUCAACCGCAACACUCGUCUCAUCAAUCGACGGCAGCGAAAAUGAAUGUGAAGAAAACUAAAAGCCUCCCGGCCAACUAUGAGACGGCGGGAGUACCGCUUUCACUCGGUACAUCAAUUGUCAGUAUAAAUCAUUUCCAGUCGCAUUCGAAACAUACCAAUGUGUCAUCAACGUCCUACAAGGAAACGGGAAACAGCAGCGGUGGAUUGCGCAACAGUAGCAAAAACCAUGGAAACGAUCGGGUGUCAGGAAGGCAUUCGAAUAAGAACUCAGAGAAAAGGGAGCACACUGGCAAGGAGAAUGGGAAUGCAUUCGGUGAACAUGGUGGAAAGAACGACUCCUCGCAAUCGAAGAAAUUCGGCAAGACACCCGGUCGAGAACGGAAGACGAAUAACCAAGGCAAGAAAGGCUCAAAAACGCUGCACAAGGCACAGGCUCUUCACUUUUCUUCGUCGAAUUCGAACAAAUCGGGAAAUGCCGGUAACGUCACCAAUUCUGGAUUCUUUCACACAGGCAACAACAAUCCUGCUAACCAGAUUCCUGCACCGCCUAACGUUUGGGGUGAGAAUCGGGCCCGUUUUAGCGAUGUUCUAGCACAGGCUACAUUGGAUAAAUCCCCUGCUGGUAGCGCCAGCAGCCUAAAAGCUACCAAGCUGUUGAAUUUUGAUUCAAAUCCCUGUAACUACGGGACCGGCCCAACGACGUCUUCUGCAGCUGUUGCAACCAAUCAGCAGCAUCCAGAGACUCCAAAAAUGGGAAUAAGCUUGUUUGGAAAAACUAAGGAUGAAGGUUUUAUCGCAAUGGAGAAAGAAUUGAAUGUAGGUUCUUGUAUGGCACCAAUUGGAACAUCUAAGAAGUCGCCGUCGGCCACUCCAAAGUGCUGGGAACCGUUCGGAAAUGUAGUCAAUAGACCUGCGACAAUGACACCAGGGCCCGACACAGUAAACUCUGACAGUUACUUUUCGCAAUCGUUUGUAGACUACAAUCAUGCAAGCAACGAUCAAUUCCACACUGGUAAUUCCGUUGGUUGCAACAGUAACAGCGCACGUUCAUUGGCAGAUAUACAGUCUCAAUCGGCUUUUGGAGGAAUGAAUGGCUCUCACGGUGGAUCGAACGCUAGCGCUUCUGGUGGCAUGGAUCCUAUGAACGAUUUAAAUCCGAUGAUUAUGGACCACCGCGAUUGGGAUACAAACAAACUUCUCUGGCAAAUGAUACAGAAAAACGAAGACCUCAAUCCAUCGCCGCAAAUUGAUUGGACUUCGCUUUGGACGGCACCGACAGUAUUUUCGCAGCCUGGUAAUCAACACAUGCAUCAGCAGCAACCCACUCCACAUUCAUCAUCGACAAUGCAUAUGAAUUCUCGUUUAACCAACAAUUGGCUCAAUGGUGGUGGUGGUGGCGGCACUUCUCGCCCGUCCCAGAUGCCAUUGCGGGCACCACCCGGAUUUUCACCGGUAAAACCAACUCCUAAUCCGUCGAUGAUUGCGCAGGCUCAUGCUCAAGCGCAACAGCAGCAGAUGAAUGCCGUUCAUCAGCAACAAAUGCAGCAGCAGCAGCACCAACAACAACAGCAACACGAUCAGCAGGAUAAUGAUGGACCUCCAGCGUAUGAUCCGUUUCGUUUGAGCUCUAUUUGGGCCCCGGCCAGUUCUAGCAAUGAUGUGUGGAAUGAGAAGUAGUAGAAACAACCCGGAACUACAACUAAAUCCGUUGGGAUGAACAAAGAGUAGUAGUACUACUGCUGUUUUUUUUAUUUUUACUUCUUAAACUAGUUUUACAGAACCGUAGAUACUCAUGCCAGGUUUUUAUUUGAAGUAGAAUUUAUUUUCGUCAGUUUUAACUGCGCUGUGAUUAAACCACAUGCUUUGUUCUUUUCGUAACUAAUCUUUUUUGUUCUGUUUGAAUUGUUUCUAAUUACUUUUUUACUCUGGAGAUUGAAAAACACUUAAUUUACUAAUCAUAGUUUUUUCUCUGUUUCACAUGCAAUUUAUUGGUUCAUAUUCGUAAUUUUUAACUGAAUUUUCAACUUUACAUAGAUUAGCAACCUGUAGAUUCCGUAGCAAGUAAAAAGUGAAUUAAUCGACCGGAGCCGGCGGAAUAAAAAUGAACAAUGAGAAGACCACAUUAAAUGAACAUUAUCCAAUAUUUAAAGUAUCUUUAAAAAUGAGACACCUCAAAUUAAUUAUUCAACAAACAAACAAUUUAUUGUAACGAGUGAAAUGCUGGUGGUCGAAGAGGCCCUUCCAUUCUUCGUAUUCCUAAAACACAAAUUCAAACGCUUACACAAGCAGACGUAAGAAACGAUGGCAACACUGCUAGGUAGCACCGCACUGACAGUGGGCCAGAAUUUGGGCACGCGUUUUACGCUGAUGAUAACUACACGCUAACGGACAAAAUGCUGAUGAUGAUGAUUGGAUACUCGAGCGAAAGUAAUGACAGACGCAACAAUUGAGAAAAUACACAAAAACUAUGGCAACAUAAA